AUGUUGCCGGCGUUUGUCGCGAGGCUGAUCAUAACUGUUUUCGGAGUUAUGCACCCUUCCUACAGAACGUAUAAAGCCAUUAAACGGAAAGAUUAUCAGGAAGUGGUGACACUUGGAAUGUAUUGGGUGGUGUUCAGCAUGUAUAUAACCGUGGAACUUCUCUCAGACAUGUUACUUCAAUGGCUUCCGUUUUAUUAUGAAGCUAAAACUUUAUUUAUCAUCUGGUUAGUCACGCCAGCCACAUCAGGAUAUAGUUUCAUUUAUCGAAAAGUUAUCCAUCCAGAGCUCACCAAGAGGGAAAAUGAGAUUGAUGAAGCCAUAAAUAAGGCCAAAGAAAAAGGUUACUCAAAAGUUGUCGAGUUUGGUGCUAAAGGGCUCAAUUAUGCUGCUAAAGCUGUGCUUUCCGGUGCUAUGUUGGGUCAAGACUUUUUGGUUGAUCGCCUUGGUAAACGAAGUUCAAGUAUGUUUGAACUUAAUCGUCGGUCGCAAAUACUACAUCAAAGGUUGGGUGUUGGUGAUGCUUUAGACUAUGACGAGCCAGAUUUCGUCAGCACUUUUCGAGAGAGAACAACUCAAGAGGAUGAUCCAUUUUCACUUAACUGGCUACAGAUGGGAUCGACAGGGUCACUAGGGAGACACUGGAGACCGGGUUCUAAAGGCUUGAGCAAUGUACCAGAAGAUGCAGAAAAUCUAACUGACGAAUCUCAGUCAGUAAUAUCCAACCGAUCAGUUUCAACCAGACGUACAGCUGUUGCUCAGGAGUCUUUGACUUUACCACGUCGUAUGUCAACACGUCGUACUGUUCGCCCUCAAUCAGUUCCACAGUCAAUCAAAACAUUAAGUUUUGGAGACCCAGCUGACUAA